AAUGCUCAGAAAAGUGUGGUCACAUGGUUUGGUCGUACAAAGAGCUCGGGAGUUGGUUGCAGUGAUCAUGACCCACCAGUGCACAAUAGCAACACCCGCAUUCCCUCGCGCUUUCUCCUGCAUCCGCUCUGUUAUCCUGAGCCCACAACUACGUCCUUCCUCCUACGCUCCUCCUCGCUCAGCCGCGACGGCCAACAUGACUACCCAGGAUCAUCACCUCGAAGCUAUUUUCACACAGAAACGGCUUCUCCGAUCGAAAAUUAAGAAAGAUCUCAGGUCGAUGGAUCCUGCCCUUAGAUCUCACGAAGAUGAUGCAAUCCAGAAUUUGAUAUUGGAAGCUCCAUGGUUCAAGUCGUGUAAGAGAUUAUGUGCUUACAUAAGCUGUAGUGCAUUGAGAGAAGUUGAUACAUCAAAGGUGUUACAAGAUGUCUUACAGAAUGCAAUUAAAGAUGGCGAAACACAGACCACAAAGAAGCUUUAUGUUCCACGGGUGGAGGACAAGAAUAGCCACAUGCGAAUGCUAAACAUAUCUAGUAUGGAUGAUUUAAUUGCAAAUUCCAUGAACAUCUUAGAGCCAGCUCCAGUCGAUGCUAAUGGGAAUGAUCGUGAAGAUGUUAUGCUGGCAAAUGAACCCGUUGACCUGCUUCUGUUACCCGGGCUUGCAUUUGAUAAAACUGGAAGGCGAAUGGGCCGUGGUGGAGGUUACUAUGACACCUUCCUCUCAAAGUACCAAGAACUUGCAAGACUAAGAAACUGGAAGCAGCCACUUCUGAUUGCAUUAUCAUAUUCAGCGCAAAUACUAGAAGAAGGCAUGAUCCCAGUGACUCCAAGCGACAUUUUUAUAGAUGCGCUUGUAUCUCCUUCUGGUUUCAUCCCUAUAAGCCCUGUUGCCCAACAGAUUUGUCCGUAAUCUUGCUGGAAUUCUUAUAGAAAUAUGUGGUUUUUCCAUCAUCAUUGAAGGAAGAUUUGCUUAAAACCAGGGAUUUGUAAGAGAAGGCAUCUUUUUAAGCAUAUUUUGCUUCUGCCAUUGGCUUAAUUCUUGAUGUUGUUUCUGCAAUUUGUAGAUGAACAUGCUCUUCGUUACAUUGUUAUGGAAUGGGCAUGCACCACUUUUGGAUUAAAGUCAUGUUUGUCAACCAUAGCUUAUUU